AUGUUAUCACAGCAAAGACAACGUAAAAUCAUUAUCAUCGGUGGCACUGGAAAACAAGGAUCAGCUGUAAUUACUGCUCUUCUGCCAUCGAAAUCUACAUCAUCACUUCAUUUGCUCACACUCACGCGUAAUCUACAGUCAAAAAAAGCUCUAGAAUUGAAAGAACGUGAAGUUGAAUUAGUGCAAACAGAUCUAGAUGAAGCGACUGUUGAUCAGUUAGCAAAUGUGUUCCAAGGUGCCGAUGGUCUGUUUAUUGCACAAGCCAUCUCUGAUAAAGAAGUGGAACAGGGAUAUAAGAUCAUCAAUGCAGCUGAAAAGGCAGGUGUUAAACAAGUUGUGUACUCAAGUGUUGGUCGAGCACACGAUGCACCUAAUGUUCCACACUUCCACAGCAAGUUUCUCAUCGAAGAAUAUCUAAAAAAAUCCUCCAUUAAAUACUACACAAUUCUACGACCUUUUUCAUUCAUGCAAAAUCUUUUUUACGCUACUCGUUCUGAUAAAGAGAAAAUUAACUUCUGGACUGAUCCUCAGACAAUUGUGAACCAUAUCGCAUGUGAAGAUAUUGGAAAGGUUGCGGCACAAGCAUUUCUGAAUCCAGAAAAAUACAAUCAUCAAUCGAUUGAAUUGGCUGGUGACACAAUGAACGGCAAUCAACUGUGUGAAACGUUCACCAAUGCAUGGCCAGAUGCACCAUGUCGAAUACCACCACCAGCAACUGGUUAUACGAUUGAACAGUACACUGGUCGCUGGUUUGAAAUCGGUAAAAUCCAAACAGCUGGCGGUGCUUUCUUUGAAAGAGACUGUGUAUGCACUCAUCUUGAUGUUAAUAAAAGUGCUGAAGAUCCAUCAGUUGUCAUUGUUUCCAAUAUUUGCAACAAGAAAACGGUCGACGGUAAACUAAUCACUGCAAAUGGAACAUUGACCAGCACGAAAAAUCCAGCAGAUGGUCGUUAUAAUGAAACAAUUCAUCCUGUGACUGUACCUGUUGCCUACAAUAUAAUUGUAUUACGAACCAGUGAAUAUAGUGUUGAGUAUGAUUGUGUAGAGCAGUUUGGCUUUACCAAUUAUUGCGUCCACAUUCUAUCUCGUCGAUCAACACUAAAUGCAACAAUCGUACACGAUUUACUUCAACUUACCGAUCGAUACGAUUUAAACCCAGAAAAACUUGAUUUUGUAUGGACAAAACACAUGAACUGCACCUAUAUCUAA